CUUCCGCGUGCAUGGCCCUGCUGCGCAGGGCCCUGAGCGGGAACGCCGGGCCGAGCUGGCGGCGAGUGGCGCGCGCCUUCCCCCACUUCCCGCUGCCUCAGCCGCGGCCCACCCGCGCUGUCUCCCGCGCUAUGGCUUGCAGGCAGGAGCCGCAGCCGCAGCGCCCUCCGCCUGCCGCCGGCGUCGUGGCCUCUUACGACUACCUGGUGAUCGGGGGCGGCUCGGGCGGGCUGGCCAGCGCCCGCAGGGCGGCGGAGCUGGGUGCUAGGGCCGCGGUGGUGGAGAGCCACAAGCUGGGCGGAACAUGCGUGAAUGUUGGAUGUGUACCCAAAAAGGUAAUGUGGAACACGGCUGUCCACUCUGAAUUCAUGCACGAUCACGUUGAUUAUGGCUUUCAAAGCUGUGAGAGUAAAUUCAAUUGGCGCGUUAUAAAGGAGAAGCGUGAUGCCUAUGUGAGCCGCCUGAACACCAUCUAUCAAAAUAAUCUCACCAAGUCCCAUAUAGAAAUCAUCCAUGGCCAUGCAGCGUUCACGUCUGAUCCGGAGCCCACAGUAGAGGUCAAUGGGAACAAGUACACUGCUCCUCACAUCCUGAUUGCCACAGGUGGCGUGCCCUCACGUCCUCAGGAGAGCCAGAUCCCUGGGGCCAGCCUAGGAAUAACGAGUGAUGGAUUUUUCCAGCUGGAAGAAUUGCCUGGCCGCAGUGUCAUUGUCGGUGCGGGCUACAUUGCUGUAGAGAUAGCCGGCAUUCUCUCCGCUCUGGGCUCAAAGACAUCACUGAUGAUACGGCAUGAUAAGGUACUUAGAAAUUUUGAUUCAAUUAUCAGUUCAAACUGCACUGAAGAGCUGGAGAAUUCUGGCAUAGAGGUCCUGAAGUACUCACAGGUCAAGGAAGUGAAGAAGACUUCCUCUGGCUUGGAACUGUGCAUGGUUACCUCAGUUCCUGGUAGGAAACCCACCUUGACCACGAUUCCGGAUGUUGACUGCCUGCUGUGGGCCAUUGGGCGGGACCCAAAUUCCAGUGGCCUGAAUUUAAACAAAGUGGGGAUUCAAACUGAUAAAAAAGGUCAUAUCAUAGUAGAUGAGUUCCAGAAUACCAGCGUCAAAGGCAUCUAUGCCGUUGGGGACGUGUGUGGAAAAGCUCUUCUUACUCCAGUUGCCAUAGCUGCUGGCCGAAAACUUGCCCAUAGACUUUUUGAAUGCAAAGAAGAUUCCAAAUUAGACUAUGACAACAUCCCCACAGUCGUCUUCAGCCACCCCCCGAUUGGGACAGUGGGACUCACGGAAGAUGAGGCCAUUUAUAAAUAUGGAAAAGAAAAUGUGAAGACCUAUUCAACCACCUUUACCCCAAUGUAUCAUGCGGUUACCAAAAGGAAAACAAAAUGUGUGAUGAAGAUGGUUUGUGCCACUGCAGAGGAAAAGGUGGUUGGGAUCCAUAUGCAAGGAAUCGGGUGUGAUGAAAUGCUGCAAGGUUUUGCUGUUGCGGUUAAAAUGGGGGCAACAAAAGCUGACUUUGACAACACGGUUGCUAUUCACCCGACCUCUUCAGAAGAACUGGUCACACUUCGUUGAAAACCCGGACACUCACGUGGCUGGCAGUUGGACCAGUAGACCUGAAAAGAACCAAAUUACCAUGUUUACUUAUGUUCCCCUUUUACGUAUUUCCUUAUUGUAACUGGGAAAUUCUGAUAGUGGAAAUUUUCAGCUCAUAAUAGGACUUAUUUAUGUAAUUAGAGAUUUGUUUUGUCAUCUAGGGUUUAUUUUCAUUUGAUUCCACCUCAUAGUAAUCAAUAUUUCAAAGUUGUUUUAUUUUUUGUUUACAGCUCUGUGCUAGCUGUUUUUUUUUUCGUUUUGUUCUGUUUUGUUUUUGUGUGGGCCUCCUUCCAGCUAUAAAACUAUAUGAAGUACCGUGAAUUAAGGUACUUGAAUGAAUACAACUUGCUAAUUUUUAAUAGAUGAGGACACCAGCUCUGAGUAUUACAAAGCUGCUUCAAAGAUGGAACCGUUCUCUAAAAACGUAUAAUAUGAGAGACUCACCUUCCCUAUUUUAUUUCUUUCAUUUUAAAUGAUAAAAAAAAAAUCAUGUUCCUUUUAUGAGGUGAAGUACAUCAAACUUGGGAAAGAUUUACACGAGCAAGGGACAUUUUGGAAGUGAUUUCUUCUUUCAGAAGGAGAGGAAUUCAAAGUCUCUUCCUCUGCUAAGAGUUCAUAGUUCAAGGAGAGAUUUCAAGUUUUUUCUGUGUUGUCAUUUUUUUUUUCCUAAAAACUAUUUUCAAAAAACUGAAAAUAAA